CUUCCAAGCGCAAACUGCAGUCACUCUGUCUCACUCUCUCCUGCUUCCUCUCACUGCGCCUUAGUCAUCUCACUCUCUCUCUGUCUCUCGCACGCACAGAACACUCUCCCUCUACCCAUUUCUCUUUCUCUCUCGCAUUUUCUCCUCUCCCCUCUCACUCUCCCCUCCCUCCUGUCUGUUUACCUGACUCUCCUUUCACCCUUUGCUUUGAUUGCUUCAUCACUGGGUCUCUUUCUCUGCUCUGUCUGCCAACAUGUCAACCGUUCUGGAUGUGGAGCAGAAUGUUUGUCCUGCUGAUGCAGUGGAACACGACCUUGAGACGCCACACGGUGUCCUCCAUGUGACCAUAAGGGGCGUUCCCAAGGGCAACCGCCCUGUGAUCCUGACAUACCAUGACAUCGGACUCAACCAUAAGUCAUGUUUCAACACGCUGUUUAACUUUGAGGACAUGCAGGAGAUCACUCAACAUUUCGCAGUGGUGCACGUGGAUGCCCCCGGCCAGCAGGAGGCAGCACCUCCCUUUCCCACUGCAUACCUGUACCCUACCAUGGAUGAGCUGGCAGAGAUGCUGCCUUCAGUACUGACUCAGCUGAAGGUGAACAGUGUGAUUGGCAUGGGCGUAGGGGCGGGAGCGUACAUCCUAACUAGAUUUGCUCUCAGCCAUCCAUCCCUGGUGGAGGGCUUGGUGCUAAUUAAUGUGAACCCCUGUGCUGAGGGAUGGAUCGACUGGGCAGCUUCUAAGUUCUCUGGAUGGACCAGCACGCUGGUGGACAUUAUUAUGGCACAUCACUUCAGCACUGAGGAACUGACUGAGAACCAGGAGCUGAUUCAGACAUACCGACUGCACAUUGCCCAAGACAUCAACCAGGACAACCUGGCCCUUUUCUGUGCCUCCUAUAAUGCGCGCCGGGAUUUGGGAAUUGAAAGGCCUGUUAUUGGUCUUAAUGAAGAUACAGUCAGCACACUGAUAUGUCCUGCUCUGCUGGUGGUUGGAGACACAUCUCCGGCUGUAGAGGCUGUGGUUGAAUGCAACUCUAGGUUAAAUCCAACAAAAACAACCCUCUUGAAGAUGGCAGAUUGUGGUGGCUUGCCUCAGGUUGUGCAGCCAGGAAAGCUAGCUGAAGCCUUCAAGUACUUUGUCCAAGGAAUGGGAUACAUUCCCUAUGUACUGCUCAGCCACUUGAGCAGCGAAUCAGUGCCAGCAGCUGGGAUGACCCGCCUGGCUCGCUCCCGCACCACGUCUUCCUCCAGCAUCGCCUCCAUGGACCGCAACCGCAACCUCAACGCCACCCUGGACACUUCCAGCUCCAGGGCCCUGGACAAUCAGGAGCAGCCCCGGACCAUGGAGGUGUCCUGCUAAACCCGUGCGCCUGUCGCCAAGCCUUUCGUGGGUGUCGCUUCUCUUGCCUCCAUACACAUCUAGCUGUUUGGGUUGCUCGUGUUUAUUUACUCUUCAGUCAUGAGGCAAGGGGAUGAGCUCAUGAAUUGUAUGAAAUUGAAAAAAAGAUUAUAUAUACACAGGUAUAUAAAAAUAUUCAUAAAGAUAUAAAGCUAUAUAUGCAUCACAUUCUCAGUCACAAGAAGAAAAAAAAAAUCCCAGUAUAUACAUAUCAGCAUGGAAUAACACUUCCAUUUUUAAAAGUCUAAUUGUUUCUCAUGAGGCUUGGGUGAUAUGCUGGGUCAUAACCUCAUCUCUACUCUGAUUAAUUGUUUUGAUUAGUGUCUUUAACCUACUGUUUUAAUGUCCAACUAUUAACAGUGGAAAAGGAGACAAAUUUUCACAUGCAGCUGAGGCCACAAGGUCCUUUGCUCCUUUUUCUUUACAGUGAAAUGCACACACAGACAUACCCACAAAAACGCACCCAUAGACACCCACUAAAUGUAUGUGCAUCCAUUGCACAUAUGUAGCAUAAUAGAGAUUUUUAAAAUUGUUUCAUGUUAACUGUGGCCAUCUGUGCUCAAGUCUUGUGUGAUAGUUUCACUAGUCCUUUAGAAACCUGACACACUGCAGUAGACUGGUACCUGUCACUUACUGUUAUUAAAUCAACUCAGUUGUUUGAUACAUGCCGUCAGCCUUUUACAACAGUUUAAAAUCGGUUUCUACUACUGAAAGUGUGAAAUUAAAACAAUUAUGUGGCUGUGUUUGGAAAGGGAACAAAUUUUUUAUAGAAGUUCUUUUGUUCUUUUUUCAGCAUGGAUGGAGGUAGAGGAGAAUACUGUUUUAGACAGCUUUAGUUGACCAUUUUGCUCUUGGUUUUUAAACAUUAGUUCCAGUAACCAUAACUGAAUGUACAUACACAAUGCAAAAGCCUAAUGGGUGCAUAGCCAUGGAAACAUGUUAAACAGCGUGCCAGAUAAUGUCAAUGUAGGUUGAUUUUGCUAGCGUAUACUUACUAGUAGAUUAAACUGGAUCAUCUAUA